ACAGAGAGUGGGGGCACUCACUGACACACAAGCAGAGAGCACUUUUUUUAGGUGGUGGAGGGGACCUCGUGUGUUUUCGAGCAUCCCCCCUCCAUCCCCGGCUGUGUUUAAUGUGUCAGGCCAUCGCUGGUCGCCGACAGCCCGUUGGAAAUUAUUUAUAUCCGACAAGAAAAUUGGAUGGGACGCACACACACGAGCAAGACAAUCCCGGAAAUAACAUGCGUACUCUCAGCCUGUCACGUACGCUCACUGUGGAUUUGCAUUGCUGUAUGCUGCUGUAGAUACCCUACACAGCCUCAACAUGUUUAUAAGACGGAUACAAACUAAUACGCAGUUUAGGAGGAUUAAAUGAGACUACAGGGUGAAAUUUAAGCUAGCAGAAGAGGACUUGGUCAUGAAACUUCAACUAGCUGUGGCAAAGAUCCUCUCCAUCAGAGAAAACAUUGGCUCAGCCAGAAAAUGAAGCGAGGACGUGAGCUACGUGCGCAUCCAGCACAUGACGAGAUGAAAUGGAGAGCUUGGGACAUACGGACCUUAUAAACCCAAGCUCUGCCCGCGGGUCCGUCGCUGUUUCACCAUCGCAGGAGAGAGGGACAAGCGGGGCGCAGCUCGUCUGUGGACCGGCAGAGAUUCACCACACGUAUCGACCGGACAUGGGGCUCAACGGCUUCUGCGCGGCACCGGUUGGAAGUCCAACGGCCGCGGAGUUGCUGGCGGGUCUGGCCUCUCAGACCGACUCCCCGGCUAUCACAACCCCUACGAAGCUGUCCAAAACCGGCGUGCCGCUUUACAACGGCGGGGUGGUGUCCCCAUCUGCCACUGUGGAGGGGAGCCACUCAGGCGUUCUGGCUCACACACCAAACGGUUACUUGGCUCAUAUGAAAGAGGUGGCUGGGGUAACAGACAGCCCUAUGUACCCCCUUACCAGCAGAGCCUGCCUGGCGGAGAACGGGGACUGGACAGCACAUGAUAAGUGCCCUUUAGUGAUGAGAAGAAUCAAUGGGGACAUGAAAGCCAGACAAGUGCAACAACAGAAGCGGAGAGGUGGGGAGAAUAGAGAUAUGGGGUCAGGGACUGUUGGUGCUCUUGCAGUGGGGUCACCUAGUUUAGGAAGCUCUUUGGACCCAGUUUUUCCUUCAGGUGAGUCGGACUUUAAGCGGAGACGAUUAGCUGAUGGAAGUAUUGCUCCAAAAUCUUCAGAGAGCUCCAGAGUGGGCCGAGCUGUCGCCCCACUAACCACCACGGUCCACAGUUCCCACAGCAAAAUGACUCUCAGUCACUGUGUCACUCCACAGUCUCCCUUCACCCCAUCUGCCCCUCAUACUGACCAGCACAACAGACACAUGGUGGCCUCCCCUGGACCACCAGCCGCCCCCAGCCAGACCUCCCCCCUUGAGGCUAACUGCAUCCCCACCCCACCUCCCUCUGCAGAGUCUAGCUGGUCUGCAGAGCGCAUAGCACAGCAGUACAUUGUCCCCUGCAUGAAAUACUAUGGCAUCUGUGUGAAGGACAACUUCCUGGGCCCUGAGCUUGGGGACUUGGUCCUGGAAGAGGUGGAGGCCCUAAAUCGCAGCGGGAAAUUUAGAGGAGGGCAGCUGGUGAGCCAAAAGAGCAUCCCGUCUCGCAGCAUACGAGGUGACCAGAUCGCCUGGGUUGAGGGACAGGAGCCUGGGUGCCAGACCAUUGGGACAUUGAUGGCUUACAUCGAUGAAGCUGUCAUGCACAGUGCUACCAACGGACAGCUGGGGGACUGUGUCAUCAAUGGACGCACAAAGGCCAUGGUCGCCUGUUACCCAGGAAAUGGGGCAGGGUAUGUCCGCCAUGUUGACAACCCUAAUGGUGACGGACGCUGCAUCACCUGCAUCUACUAUCUCAACAAAAACUGGGAUGUCAAGAAACAAGGAGGGCUGUUGCAGAUCUACCCUGAAGGCAAAAAUGUGGUAGCCAACAUCGAGCCUCUGUUUGACCGGCUGCUCAUCUUCUGGUCUGACCGCAGGAACCCACACGAAGUCAAGCCAGCCUACGCCACUCGCUAUGCCAUCACAGUCUGGUACUUUGAUGCCAAAGAGAGAGCUGAAGCUAAAGAGAAGUACAGAUUGGCAACAGGACAGAAAGGUGUUCAAGUGCCUGUCACUCAAAACAGCAGGACAUAAAAACACAUUAAUCACCGAAGAGUCUCUGAAAGUAUUAUGUGCCUUCCUGAAACGCUUUACAGACGUUGCGAUCAUAAAGGGAGACACGUUGAACUGUGGGUCAUUACUGCAGCUACAUGCCACUCCUGCAGCGUCAACUGUCAGGUUCACGUCAUGGGCUGUGAUGUCAUGAUUUCCAGCCAUGUGAUUGGUCUGCCGAUGAAAGACGUGGCAGAUAGAAGCACAACAGCCUGGAUUUUUUUGACAAAGGACGAAUGGGAAUACACGUCGUGGUGGCAAAGAACAAAAACAACUCUGACGUCUCAAAGAAUCAUGUAUGAAGACAAUAAACUGAAAAAAAAUACUUUCUAUUUUAUUUUGGCGCAGUUUUGCCUGUUCAGUUUUCUGGUGGUGUUGUGGUGUAUUGAGAAAUCCCUGUUUUACACUGCUCAAGUGUCUUUUUCAAAUCAAACACAAGCAGAAAUGAUGAAUCAGUGGACUUACAGUGGGAAUAAGGAGUUGAAAUCAAGGGUGUUUCCCCUGAAAUCAAUUAAUCCCCUCAUCUGUAAUGUUGUCCCUUGUCUCAUGAUGUGGGCAAGUGUUUAGUCAGAGGCAUGGAAAACCAACAGCAUCAAAUGAUUAUAGGCCAUGAUGAAGUGGACGAUUGCUCUAUAGCAGUCAGACAGUCCUGUUUUAAGCACUUAACCAAAAUAGUACAGAAAUGUGCUUAAAGCAUGCAUGAGGACAGCUGCACUGUAGAUUUAAACAUAAAGCACACGAAACAAAGUUUAGAAAGUAUUUAAAGAUGUUAUGCCUACAUUUGGCUUGACUAAAACCUCUGUAAGCAUGACAAAAUCAUGUAAUAAAUCAUUUUAUAAGUAGUUGCUUUGUGUACAAAUGUUUAGAAGCUUUUCUGCGUAUCAGAGGUGAAGUGCUAUCUGUAGGACUGACACACAAGGCUCAACCAUGAGACAAGAGGCAAACCGUCCCAUUACAGGGGUCACAAAACAGGGUUUAAUGAAUCAGACAGUAAGUGUUUUUUGUUUUAGCGGGUGUGUUAGUUUGUAUGCAAAAUCAACUCAACUCUUACCUGUGCUUUAUAGAAUUUAAAAGAGUGUGUAAGGCCAGUGUGGACAUUAACAAACAAAUCUUUUUUUCCCAAAAAUACACACACACACACACUCAUGCCUGUAUGCUCAUAACCAUUAACAGUAUAAAGCACAGAGUCAGACAUACACUGUAUGUGACUUCAGGAUCGAAGUACUGCCUGCUCAUGUGUGGGAUUGAGUGUUUGUGUGUUAAUGUGAACUUGCACAUGUAUGUGACGGUUUAUACUGUCUCAAAGAGGGUUGCAGGUAUUGUCUCAGUGUAUUUCAGAUUGGUUGAAGAGAGAGAAGAUUAUUUUUAAAAGCACUUUAUUGUUUGAAAUGCCAUUGGUGAAUGAUAGAAAAAAUAAUACUAAAAUGUAGAUUAAUGCCUUUAUGCUGUGGAUAAUACUGUCAUUCAAAUGCAAUAGAAACUAAAACAAAUGAGAACAAAUGGAAAUUGUUUGCCUAAUUUCUUUUUUUAAUUUCUGGAGUAUUUAAUUAAAACUUUUCUGUUUUCAUACACACAUUGUAGUCCAUUUAAUGGGAAAUAUCAGCUGAAUUCAAGCAAAUACAACCAAUUUCAGUCAUGUGUGAUACAAGUUUACAAGAAUAUGUCAAAAUCACAAAUUCUGUCAGAAGACUUGUUUGAGUCAUUAUUGUUCGAGUAAUUACUUUGUAAAGAUGCAAAAUAUUGAAUUUUGACAAUAUCUGAUAUGCCAAUUUUUAAAAAUGAAUUGUGGUCGAUACUGACGCGAUACUGAUAUUUUAAUGUAGUUCCAGACCUAAAACUUAAGUCCUUAAAACACACAAUUUAAAGUUUAAGAAUAAAAUUUAAACCCUUAAAAUACAUUUUAGAGUGUAUGGAAUGAAGAUGAAUGAAGAAAAAGACUUCAGCUGAUAAAGAUCUGUUGGUGUAGCCUAAAACUCACUCACUUAUUUGUUCAUAUGGCCAAUGUUUACAGCUGAUAUAAGCAGAUUGUUCUAGUCAAAAUAUCGAUUGUAAAUAUCCGCAGAAAUGUUCAUAUCUGCCAGUACCGAUUAUUCACUUUUUAGGCCAUUAUCUGCUGAUACUGAUCUACAGAAAAUAGCGUGCAUCCCUAUUACUUUGGUCUUUUCUGUAAGUAUACUAAGUGUAUUAAGCUACAAGAAAAAAAAUUGGAUUGGACGAGGUGGCACACACAAGCACCAACCUCUGGUAAAAAAAAAGAAAAGAAAAGAAAAAAAAAAACACAUUUCACAGUAGCAUUGAAGAAAAUUGUUUUUAAUAUUCCAAUACUGAUAAAAAUGUCCUCAUUAUUUACACUAUAUGAACUGUAUUGAAGAGGAUUAAGCCAAUAGGUGAAGGAAAAAUUAAUACAGAUUAAAGUUUAAAUGACUACAAAAAGGUCAAAAUAUCAUAAAUAAAGAUGAAAAACUUUUUCAAGAUUUAAGUCCAAAUUUAGGAAUUGAAGCCAAACAUUAUGAGACUUUAACAAACAGCCUUGUAUCUAUGAACUUGUGAAACUAUACUUCAGAAUUCUAUUUAACAAGAGAUUCUUUAAUUUAUCUCAUAAAUAGUAUAGCUAUCUAAGAUCAGCUGGUUAUAGUAGCCCAAUAAGGUUUAACUUUAUUUUAAAAAUGUAGACUUUUUUUCUUAAAAUUGUAUUGCAACAAUAAUUCUCAACAUUUUGACUUUUUUCAUCAUUUCUACUUUAAUUUUGAAGUGCAAGGCAUAUUUUUUUCCUUCAACCCUGGCACCAUUUUUCUUCUGUAAAACUAACAUAAGUUCUCAAGCAGACUGUACAGAACAUAAGUUAACAUUAGGAAUCUGAUGAAGAUGUAAAGAAAUGGCAUUGCAGGGUUUUUUUUUUCUUUUUUUUCUUUUUUUUUUUAAGCAUCGACUCCAUUUAACAUUGACAGGGUGUCUGCAAUGUCUCAAGAUAUUUUACUUUUUCCAUAAGCAAUAUUUGCACUUACAUAACAUUAACGGCCUGCUUCAAAAAGGGUUGAAAAAACAUCUUCAAGUACAUUCUUAGUUCCCUUUGUCUUGUGAACAGCUGCUUUCAUAUAAUCCUAACCAACAGGGGGCAGAGUAAUUUAAUUAUGCUAACAAAUUGGAGCCUCUACGAUAUUUUGGUUAUUUUUGUGAAUGAGUGCUGACUUUUUUAGCAACCACCUCUCUACAAUACCAGCAAACCCGGAGCAACUAUACAACACAGGAGUCGACAUACAAAUCACAGCACGGGUAAGGACAUGGCCAGUCGAGUGGACAGCAGCAGCUGGUGGUUGCGCCGUACUGGCACCAGAGAUGCCGGGGAUGCUGGAGGAAUCCCCUGAGCCUGUGACGCCGGGACGGUAGAGGAAUCCCCCGAGUCUGUGGCACGUGGCUGCAACUGUGUGUCCUCUCCUGUGUUUAAAAUAAUAAAUUGAGUAAUCAAACAUGA